GAGCUCCUCCUCGCCUUCGUGCUCUUCCCGCGACCUCCGCAUUUCUUCUCUUUCUCUCGUGUUUCUCUGCACUAAAAACCUCUUUCCUGUUCUUUAGAAUUUCAAACCCCUCUCUCUCUCCCUCUUUCCGACUUCGCUUUUCCACUGCUCCCGAGCUCGCUUCCAGAUCCGCACCCUCCGCCGUCGACGGAUUCCGACCCGACCCGGCCCGGCCCGAUCGGCGUCGCUCCUCAGCAGCAGCACGCGUGCGCGCGGCCGCGGGAUUCCGGCCUCCGGCCUCCGUCCCCCUCCCCCCUCCGGUGGGAGGAGCCAUGGCUAGGUCACGCGAGAACUGGGAUAGGCUGGUCAGGGCGGCGCUGCGGAGGGAGCAGCAGCUGGCCGCCGGCCGCCCGGGCCACGCGCGGACCCCGAGCGGCAUCGCCGGGUCGGUCCCGCCCUCCCUCACCCGCUCCACUAACAUCGACAUGAUCCUGCAGGCCGCCGACGAGAUUCAGGCCGAGGACCCCAAUGUCGCCCGGAUUCUAUGCGAGCAGGCGUAUUCGAUGGCUCAGAAUCUGGAUCCCGGUAGUGAAGGUCGAGGCGUUCUCCAAUUCAAGACUGGCUUGAUGUCUAUUAUCAAGCAAAAACUUGCCAAGAAGGAUGGGGCGCCAAUCGAUCGCAAUCGGGAUAUGGAAAACUUGUGGGAGUUCUAUCAACGCUACAAGAGGCGCAAUAGAGUCGAUGAUAUGCAGAGGGAAGAGCAAAGGAUGCUCGAAUCCGGGAGCUAUAGUGCUAAUUUCGAAGAGUUGGGACUCAGAUAUGCAGAGAAGAAAAAGGUGUUCAGUACCUUGAGAGCUUUAGUUGAGGUCAUGGAGACACUUGGCAAAGAUGCAGGUCCUGAUGGUGUUGGAAAACUCAUCCAAGAAGAGUUGCGAAAUAUCAAGAAAUCUGAUGCAGCAAUGGCUGGGGAGCUUACUCCUUACAAUAUCGUUCCUUUGGAAGCACCGGUGCUUUCUAAUGCUAUCGGCAUAUUUCCAGAGGUUAGAGGUGCCAUAUCAGCUAUCCGAUAUGCUGGUCACUUCCCUAGACUUCCUGUCGAGAUUUCUGGACAGCGGGAUGCUGACAUUUUUGAUCUUUUAGAAUAUGUGUUUGGGUUUCAGAAAGACAACAUAAGGAACCAGCGUGAGAAUAUUGUUCUUGCUCUAGCGAAUGCACAAAGUCGACUCAUCAUAUCCGUUGAGCCCGAUCCUGAUCCUAAAAUAGAUGAGAAAGCAGUCAAUGUGGUUUUCUUGAAGGCACUGGAUAACUACAUUAAGUGGUGCAGAUACUUGAGGAUUCGACUUGUUUGGAAUAGUUUUGAAGCAAUUACAAGGGACAGGAAGCUCUUUAUGGUUUCAUUAUACUUUCUUAUAUGGGGUGAAGCUGCAAAUGCGCGUUUCCUUCCUGAAUGUAUCUGUUAUAUCUUUCACCAUAUGGCAAAAGAAUUAGAUGCAAUAUUGGAUCAUGAAGUGGCUAACAUUGCUUCAAGCUGUGAAACAGAAAGUGGUCCAGCAUCAUUCCUGGAGAAAAUAAUUCGUCCUAUAUAUGAUACCUUAUCCGCGGAAGCUGCUCAAAAUGAUAAUGGUAGAGCUGCACAUUCUAAAUGGAGAAAUUAUGAUGACUUUAAUGAAUACUUUUGGUCACCUGCUUGUUUUGAGUUGAGCUGGCCUUUCAAAGCCGGAUCAUCUUUCUUCCAGCGCCCUAAAGGGAGGAAAAGGACUGGGAAAAGCACAUUUGUUGAGCACCGUACUUUUCUUCACUUGUAUCGGAGUUUUCAUCGUCUUUGGAUCUUCUUGGUGUUAAUGUUUCAGGCUCUUACAGUGAUUGCCUUUCAUAACGGUGAUAUUAAUUUGCGUACUUUCAAGGCAAUUCUUAGUGUCGGGCCUACAUUUGCGAUAAUGAAUUUUGUUGAGAGUUGCUUAGAUGUCCUCCUCAUGUAUGGGGCUUACUCUACGGCAAGAGGAAUGGCAAUCUCGAGGCUGGUCAUUAGGUUCUUCUGGUGUGGCUUGACCUCUGUAGCUGUGACAUAUCUCUACCUGAAAGUUCUGGAGGAAAUGAAUAAGAACAACUCUGAUUCUACCUAUUUUCGGAUCUACAUUCUGGUUGUGGGUGUUUAUGCAGCUUUACGCUUAGUCCUAGGGCUGCUGCUGAAACUACCAGCAUGUCAUUCCCUUUCUCAGAUGUCUGAUCAACCAUUUUUUCAAUUUUUUAAGUGGAUUUAUCAGGAACGUUAUUAUGUUGGCCGUGGACUUUAUGAAAGCUUGGGUGAUUACUGUCGGUAUGUUCUAUACUGGUUGGUAAUUUUCAUAUGCAAAUUUACAUUUGCAUACUUCCUCCAGAUUAAACCUCUUGUGGAGCCAACCCAGAUUAUUAUUGGUCUUCGAUUUUUAACAUAUUCGUGGCAUGAUUUGGUUUCAAAACAUAACAAUAAUGCCUUGGCCGUAGCCAGCCUUUGGGCUCCUGUUGUUGCUAUAUAUCUCAUGGACAUUCACAUCUGGUACACUCUCUUAUCUGCAAUUGUUGGUGGUGUGAUGGGUGCUCGUGGCCGAUUAGGCGAGAUACGCUCCAUUGAAAUGCUGCAUAGGCGUUUUGAGUCCUUCCCUGAAGCUUUUGUUAAGAAUCUCGUCUCUUCCGAAACAAAGCGGAGGAUGCCCUUUAAUCGGCAGUCGCCCCAGGUUAGCAAUGAUGCACAAGACAUGAAUAAAGCAUAUGCGGCCAUGUUUUCUCCGUUUUGGAACGAGAUUAUCAAAAGUUUACGUGAGGAAGACUAUAUCAGCAAUAGGGAGAUGGAUUUGCUUUCCAUUCCUAGCAACACAGGAAGUUUAAGAUUAGUUCAAUGGCCAUUGUUUCUUUUAAGCAGCAAGAUCCUGUUGGCAAUUGAUUUGGCACUGGACUGCAGAGACACCCAGGUGGAUUUGUGGAAUAGGAUAUGUAAAGAUGAAUAUAUGGCUUAUGCUGUUCGAGAAUGCUAUUACAGCACAGAGAAAAUAUUACUCUCUCUUGUUGAUGGAGAGGGUAGACUCUGGGUUGAGAGAAUUUUUCGUGAGAUCAACAACAGCAUAUCGGAGGGUUCGCUGGUUAUUACAUUGUCUCUUAAGAAACUUCCUUUAGUGGUGUCAAGAUUUACUGCAUUGACUGGACUGCUGACACGGAAUGAAACUUCUGAAGGUGCUGCAAAUGCUAUAUAUGAGCUAUAUGAGGUCGUUACACAUGAUUUGCUGUCACCCGACUUGAGGGAGCAGCUGGAUACAUGGAAUAUAUUGGCAAGGGCACGGAAUGAGGGUAGACUAUUUUCUAGGAUUCAGUGGCCCAGGGAUCCAGAAAUUAAGGAGCAGGCGAAACGUCUGCACCUCCUUCUCACUGUUAAAGAAACGGCGGCUAAUAUUCCAAAGAAUCUGGAAGCGAGGAGGAGAUUAGAAUUUUUUACCAACUCGUUAUUUAUGGAUAUGCCAUCAGCAAAGCCAGUUAGUGAAAUGAUGCCAUUCAGUGUCUUCACGCCGUACUACAGUGAGACUGUUCUAUAUAGUUCCUCCGAAUUGCAAAAAGAGAAUGAGGAUGGAAUAUCCAUUAUUUUCUAUCUUCAAAAGAUAUUUCCUGAUGAAUGGGCAAAUUUCUUGGAACGAAUUGGUCGAGGCGAGUCUACUGGAGAUGCAGAACUUCAAGAUAGCUCAAGUGACUCUCUGGAGCUUCGAUUUUGGGCUUCUUAUCGCGGACAGACUUUAGCGAGAACUGUGCGUGGAAUGAUGUAUUAUAGAAGGGCUUUAAUGCUACAAAGUUUUCUGGAAGGAAGAUCUUUGGGAGUGGUAGACUAUUCUCGGGCAAACUCCCCACCAACUCAAGGUUUUGAACUGUCGCAUGAGGCGCGGGCACAAGCGGAUUUGAAGUUUACUUAUGUGGUGUCAUGCCAAAUUUAUGGGAUGCAGAAGCAGAAAAAGGCUGCAGAAGCUGCUGAUAUUGCUCUUUUAUUACAGAGGAAUGAGGCACUCCGUGUUGCUUUCAUACAUGUGGAGGAAAGUGCUGGAGCUGAAGGAAAGGAUGUCUCCAAGGAAUUUUACUCAAAACUUGUGAAAGCAGAUGUAAAUGGAAAAGACCAGGAAAUAUAUUCCAUUAAACUUCCUGGAGAUCCAAAGCUAGGAGAAGGAAAACCUGAAAACCAAAACCAUGCUAUAAUUUUCACUCGCGGUGAUGCUAUUCAGACUAUUGACAUGAAUCAGGACAAUUAUCUUGAGGAGGCAAUGAAAAUGAGAAAUCUUCUCGAGGAAUUUCGAGGAAAUCAUGGAAUAAGACCUCCAACCAUUCUUGGUGUUAGAGAACAUGUUUUUACGGGAAGUGUCUCAUCUUUGGCAUGGUUCAUGUCCAACCAAGAGACUAGUUUUGUGACUCUUGGUCAACGGGUGUUAGCUUAUCCAUUGAAGGUCCGUAUGCACUAUGGACAUCCAGAUGUAUUUGACCGUAUCUUUCACAUAACUAGAGGAGGUAUUAGUAAGGCAUCACGUGUCAUAAAUAUCAGUGAAGAUAUAUUUGCAGGGUUCAAUUCUACGCUGAGGCAGGGCAAUAUCACACACCAUGAGUACAUUCAGGUGGGAAAGGGCAGGGAUGUCGGCUUAAAUCAGAUUGCCCUGUUUGAAGGAAAAGUAGCUGGUGGUAAUGGAGAACAAGUUCUUAGCAGAGAUGUGUACCGCCUUGGACAACUCUUUGACUUCUUUAGAAUGCUUUCGUUCUUCUUCACUACUGUUGGUUAUUAUGUUUGCACAAUGAUGACAGUCCUUACAAUAUAUAUUUUCUUAUAUGGGAGGGUUUACCUGGCAUUCUCUGGACUUGAUGAAGGGAUCUCAACGCAGGCCAAAAUGUUGGGAAAUACAGCCUUAAAUGCAGUUCUGAAUGCACAGUUCUUGGUUCAAAUUGGAGUUUUUACCGCCGUUCCCAUGAUUAUGGGCUUUAUCCUUGAGCAGGGGUUACUGAAGGCUGUUUUCAGUUUCAUCACGAUGCAACUCCAGCUGUGUUCGGUGUUCUUUACUUUCUCAUUGGGAACCAGAACUCAUUAUUUUGGACGAACUAUUCUUCAUGGAGGUGCAAAGUACAGAGCAACUGGGAGAGGCUUUGUUGUACGUCACAUCAAGUUUGCUGAAAAUUACAGGCUUUACUCAAGGAGCCACUUUGUUAAAGCGCUUGAAGUGGCACUACUACUAAUAGUGUAUAUCGCAUAUGGGUAUACAGAAGGAGGCGCUGUUUCUUUUGUUUUACUAACUGUCAGUAGUUGGUUCCUUGUCAUCUCAUGGCUCUUUGCUCCUUACAUCUUCAAUCCCUCAGGUUUUGAGUGGCAAAAGACUGUUGAGGACUUUGAUGAUUGGACCAACUGGCUUCUAUAUAAAGGUGGAGUAGGGGUGAAGGGAGAAAAUAGCUGGGAAUUUUGGUGGGAAGAAGAACAGGCGCAUAUCCAUACAUUGAGGGGUCGUAUAUUGGAAACUAUAUUAAGCAUAAGGUUCUUUAUGUUCCAAUAUGGCAUUGUAUACAAACUUGAUCUCACUGGGAAGAAUACAUCCCUUGCGAUUUACGGCUUCUCCUGGAUAGUACUGGCUGCCAUUGUCAUGAUAUUCAAGAUUUAUACUUUUAGCCCAAAAAAAUCUACCAGCUUCCAUCUAUUUAUGCGACUUAUUCAAGGAGUCGCAUCAUUGGGACUUAUUGCAGCCCUCUGCCUUGUUGUCAAGUUUACUGAUCUGACAAUAGUUGACUUGUUUGCAAGUGUUCUUGCAUUUAUUCCUACCGGCUGGGGCAUGCUUUGUCUGGCAAUUACAUGGAAGAAGGUAGUUUGGACCCUGGGAUUAUGGGAGUCGGUAAGGGAGUUUGCCAGAAUGUAUGAUGCCGGGAUGGGGAUGAUCAUCUUUGCUCCAGUAGCUUUUUUGUCGUGGUUCCCAUUUAUGACCACUUUCCAAUCUCGUCUUCUCUUCAACCAAGCAUUUAGUCGCGGCCUUGAGAUCUCUCUGAUCCUUGCUGGUAAUAAAGCCAACGUUGAAGUCUAAACUUGUAGUCACCAAGGUAUGCUGAAUCUGUUGUACGGUAGAGCCUUGUAAGUCAGAUAGAUUCCCUAGUUCUUCUUCUAUUUUCCCUUUUUUCUUUUGCUUCUAUAGUUAUUCAGAGUAAAUAUGUCUGUACAUGCUCAUACUGGAGAGAGAAAUGUAUAAUGCUAGGAACAUUGUUGUGGUUGUCUCAAUCUUUGAAGUACUCAGGACUUACAUUUUUUGAACUCUGAUGUUCUCAAGUCUCUCUCAGUUGGAAGGGAGCCGUAGAACAGUCAGCUCCAUUUUCGCCACACUGAUGAGGAUAUUGGUUUAGAGCCUCUGUAAAUCUGAAAUGUUUGGGUUGAUGGUUCCUGUCCGAUUAAUGCAUUCCCAAUGGUAUUUUCUGAA